UCCGUCUACAUACGAAACGUUUCCACAACCACACCUCUUUCUUAAAUACCAAAUCCAAACACUAGAAUUGUUGUGAAGAAUCAAUGGAUGAUUCAUCUUCUUCGAGAGGCAAAAAAGACCAAGAAAUAAUAACAAAUGAUGAUGAUGAAGAUGAGGAAAGUGGAUGGACCUCUUAUUUUGAAGAUUUCUCAUCAAGAAGCAUAGAAGAAGAAGAACACAAUAAUAAGAACAGUUACUGUGAUGGUGGAUCCUCUUUGCUCUCAGAUGCUGCUUCUUCUGCUGCUGCUGCAUGGAACAACAAAUUCUCUCAUCAUCAUCAUGAUUAUUCAGUAGUAGAUGCUGCACCAAAAAAACUAUGUUUCAAGAAAGCGAUUAAACGACGAGCCAAACAGAUUUCUCAUGACGAUCCUUUGGAGGACACUGCUAGCUCCCCAGUCAAUAGCCCCAAGGUAAGGGACUUGAAUUCAACUGAAAUUAUUUCAAGCAAGAUUAUUGAUGGUUCUACUUGUAUGGAAAAGGAAUUCAAAUCAUCAUCAGAGCAUAAUUCAGAGUUGCAGAGAUAUGAUGAUAAUAAUAAUGAGGAGGUAAAUUUGAAUGGGAAUAAGAGCAUUGAGUGCACAACAGAUUUGAAGAAGAGGGGUCUCUGCCUUGUUCCUUUCUCCAUGUUGGUUAAUUAUUUGGGAUAGAUGCCAAAUAGUUUCUAUGGCCAAACUCAUAUGCAGGAUUGUUUGUGCAAAGUUGUUAGUUGAGAACUAUUAGAUAAUAAUUUAGUUAAACAUGUUAAAUUAUUUAAAGAUUCUCAACUAAUUAC